AUGUUUAAACCUACGAAUGCCCUUUUCGGAGGUCUUCUCUGGAAGACUCCGUGGCGCCUGUCCUCCCCCCAGAAAGCCCGGCAACGCAAGCGUCUGCGCGCCGUGGACAGCGUUGUCGAUACCCUCAGUGCUGCCCUCGCUCGCAAUGGACAGAGCGCAAAGGCUGUUGAGCGGUGGUAUGCGGAAAUGCCGCGCGAGGAGGAGAUGCUCCCCAAGGACAAGUACACUCUCUUCGAUAAGAAGGAGAAGAGCUACCGCAAGAGCAUUCACAAGCUGCCCAAGUGGACUCGUGUCAGCCAACGUGUGAACCCCCCUGGUUUCUAA